AUGUCGCGCCUCGCACCCGCGCCCGCCGCGCCGCCGCGUCCACGCCUCCUGGCGCCGCGCCCCAUCGCACCCGCGCCGCACGCAGCAUCGUCGAGCCGCAGCGCCGGCGUGCGCAGCAUCCAGCCGCGCCCGGCUGCCAUCCGGCCGCGUCCACCCGUCCAGGAGCCGGGCAGCGCCGCAGCAGCGUCAGCGCCGGCACCGCAGCCUCGCACGCAGCCGCCGGCGUCGACGCCCGCUGCUUCAGGGGCACCCGCUGCACCGCGCACCCCUGCGGCCAGCACCUCUGCUGCGGCUCGCGCACCUGCUGCACCUGCUGCACCGCAGGCAGCUCAAGCUGCUACAGCAUCUGGCACGCCGCAAGCUGCCGCACCAGCACCACCACGCUCAGCACGCGCCGCAUCGCCCUCGCGCUCGGCGUCGCCCACGCGCGCCAGCUCCACGUCCGUCUCGCUGCACGACGAGCCGUCGGGCAGCAGCAGCGCCAGCAGCAGUGCCGGCAGCAGCAGGAGCAGCAGCGCCACCUCGCCUCCAGCAGCCGUGCCCGCCAACGCGCGCCCGCUCGUCGCCAGCGCCGCCAGCGCCGUGCAGCCGUCGCGCACCUGGGUGCUGCCGGCACGCGCCAAGCCCGGCCGCAAGCCGAGCGCCGAGGAGCCGCCGACGAAACGCAAGGCGCAGAACCGCGCGUCGCAGCGCGCCUUUCGCGAGCGCAAGCAGUCCUACCUCGCCGGCCUCGAGGCCAAGGUGGCCGCGUACGAGGCCGCCGGCGUCGAGGCGGCGACGGAGCUGCAGCGCGUGGCGCGCCGCAUGAAGGAGGAGAAUGCGGCGCUGCGCAGCGAGAAUGCGGCGCUGCGGCUGCGCUGCGAGAAGCUGGACAAGGCGGCGGCGGCCGGCCGCUGCGUCGAGGGCCAGGGAUGCAAGCGGCCGCUGCACGAGCAGCCGGCGCCGGCGCAGCCCGCUCCGCCGACGGCGACGACGGCCGUGGGCCCGAGUGUGCGUCUGCCCCGUCAGCCACGGCCGCCGCCGCCGGCUGCGGGCCUCAACAUGCACCCGCACGCACCGCUGUCGCCGCCGUCGGCGCUGGCGCUGCACAUCGACCGCGACUGCGGCAUCUGCACGCAGGACACGCUCUGCCUCUGCCGCGGCGAGGUGCUCGACCUCACCGGCUCGCCCGAGCGGCACUCGCCCGAGCGGCACUCGCGCUCGUCGGUGUUGGCGAUCAAGCAGGAGGAGGAUGCGGCCGAGCAGCUGCCGGCACUCCGCCUCGAGUCGCUCCUCGCACCCGCAGCGCCAGCUGCACUUCUGGCACGCCGGGCGCCGAGCGGCAAGGCGCGCCUCUGGAGCGUCGUGCCGCCGCCGUCGCCCCACCGCACCGCCGGCGCCAAGCAGCCGCUGUGGCCGCUGCACGCCUCGUCGCCCGGGCCGCGCUUCACGCUGGCCGCCGGUGCGCCGGCGGCCGCCGUGUGCUCGGGCGACCCGUCGUCGUGCGGCGCGUGCGGCGCCGAUCCGGCCCUGGCCGCCUUCUGCGAGGCCGUGUCGCGCGGCGCCGGGCAGGACGCAGCGGGCGCCACGUAUCUCGACGCCGGCAACGCCGUGCCGCUGCGCCAGCGCCGAGUGCAGCCGGCAAAGAGGAGCGUGUGGUACACGGAGCCGCCGACGCGCCCCGCUGCGCCUCCAGCGCCGUCGCCGCGGUCGGCCGCUGCGCCCCAGCAAGCGAGCAUUCCCGAGGCGUGGCGCAUGCUGCGCUCGCACCCGUCCUUUCCCGCUUUCGAGGCCAGCAGCACCGGCGGCCUGACGCUCCUCGCCGACGUCGUGUCCGGGCGUGCGCCCGCCGCCAUGCCCGCGCCGCCGCGCCCGCCGCUGCUGCGCCAUCGCAGCUCGGUCUCGGCGCGCUAUACCUACCAGCCGCUGCGCCGCGACAGGGACGCACAGCGCGAGAGCGUCGAGAUCGAGCCGCAGACGCCGCCGCCGCAACAGCACGGCAGUGGUGCGGGCGGAGCAGAGACGCCCGGCCGGAAGCUCGUGGCGCUCGAGUCGCUCCAGGCGGCGAGUGCAGCGCGCGACGCUGGACUUCCCCCUGCGCCGCAAGAGGAGCCGCUCAGCGCCGACCGGGCGCACAAGCGGCGCCGGCUGGCGUACGUCGAGCAAACGCGCGUCGAGCAGGCACUCGCGCUGCUUGACGGGCGCAUCGCGCGUCCCAGCGUCACGACGCCGACGUCGGAGGAGCGCACGGGCAGCGCCGCCUGCCCGUGCCCGUGGUCGCGCACCUAG